AUGAUCAACCAUCCUACGAGAUCAUCCACCAACCCACGAGAUCACCCACCAACCCACGAGAUCACCCACCAACCCACGAGAUCACCCACCAACCCACGAGAUCACCCACCAACCCACGAGAUCACCCACCAACCCACGAGACCACCCACCAACCCACGAGAUCACCCACCAACCCACGAGACCAUCUACCAAACCACGAGAUUCAACCAACCCACGAGACCAUCUAACAACCCACGAUCACCUACCAACCCACGAGAUCACCUACCAACCCACGAGAUCACCUACCAACCCACGAGAUCACCUACCAACCCACGAGAUCACCUACCAACCCACGAGAUCACCAACCAACCCACGAGAUCACCAACCAACCCACGAGACCAUCUACCAACCCACGAGACCAUCUACCAACCCACGAGAUCACCUACCAACCCACGAGAUCACCUACCAACCCACGAGAUCACCUCACAACCCACGAGAUCACCUACAACCACAGAUCACUCAACCCACGAGAUCACCUACCAACCCACGAGAUCACCACCAACCCACGAGACCAUCUACCAACCCACGAGACCAUCUACCAACCCACGAGAUCAUCUACCAACCCACGAGAUCAUCUACCAACCCACGAGAUCACCUACCAACCCACGAGACCAAAUCACCAACCAACCCACGAGAUCAUCUACCAACCCACGAAAUCAUCUACCAACCCACGAGAUCAUCUACCAACCCACGAGAUCAUCUACCAACCCACGAGAUCAUCUACCAACCCACGAGAUCAUCUACCAACCCACGAAAUCAUCUACCAACCCACGAAAUCAUCUACCAACCCACGAGAUAAGAACUUAA